ACACGAGUUUAUUAGUAACCCCGUACAUCACAAUCAAAACAAACUUUGACAUCCAGACCCAGUACGUGUCACUAUUGCCAACAUGGCCAGUUGGGGAGGUGCUGAGGAGCAAGAACUUGACACCCGUAAUCAACAGCGAGCAUUUGCACUUGCAGGAAAAGUAUCAGCACUACGAGGGCUUGCACUUGACAUUGAGAAUGAAGCUUAUGAACACAACAGACUUCUUGAUGGGGUGGGCAAUGACUUCUCAGGAAGUGAAGGACUCAUGUCAGGCAGCAUCACCAGAGUCAAGAAUCUCCUUUCAUCCAGCCGCCAGAACCGUAAGGUUAUGUGUUACAUGGCAGGCUUUGUUGUGGUUUUUCUUUUUCUGUUUUGGUACUUGAUUUCAAAGGCAUUUUCUAGUACAUAGAUUUAUAGCAUAGAGUAUGUUGUGGUACAUAUUAGUGAUUAAUUUUAUUUAACCAUCAAUGUCAUCAUACAUAUUUGUGAUUUGUUUUAUUCAACUAUCAAUGACAUCACAAGGUCUGGGAAAUCUGUGCAACCAUUUUUCUACAAGUGAACUAAAAAAAUUGGUGUAGUGAAGGCUGCAUUAUUUAGAGAUAUAUAUAUAGAUUAUCAUUCUCAACUUUUCCUGAGGAAGUUUCACUUUGAAAUACAUCAUGUAGGACAGCAAACAUGUGGAUCUGUAGUUUCAUGUAUUUUAGAUUGCUUACAAAGUUGAAAUUAUUUGAUAUUUGAAAUAUACUUAUGAUUUUUAUGUCUUACUAUUUGUAAUCCUAAUGAUGGUGCUAAUAUGAAAGAAGAAUAUUUGCUUUUUCUAAUAGUAUUGUAUGUAUUUUACCUGUGAAUCUUGCUCAACAGCUAAAAGUUAAUGUAAUACAUACACAUUAAAUGACUUAAGCAUGUAAUGCAGGCAAAUAAUGCUUUUCAUAAUGGCAGCUUUUGAGGUCUUUGGCAUUUGUACACAGUGAUUCCUUACCUCGUAAAAUUACUUUAUUAAUAGGAAGCACAUACAUAAAUUGCAAAGUAUGGUUAAUGGCCUAGAGCUCUACUGAUGAACAACAAUAUCUUCCGAUUAAAUUAUAGUGUGAUUUUAAGUUUCUUGAAAUUCUAGAGAUUUAUAUAAAGAUACAUAAUUAAUUGGCCAAAUGGUACAAGGGUGAGUGUACUUAGCUCAGCCAAAAGGACCAGGACACAUAAGCCAGGCAAGGCACUCUGGAUUUAAUUUCCUUUCAUAUUGAAGACUCCACUAACACACCUUCAGCCACCAUGACUUAUCUGGAUAAUCUUUUUUAUCUUGCAGUGGAAUCACAUAAAUUGAUAAUGAUGAGGAUGAAAUCAGUAAUCAUCCCAGAAAACAUGCCAUAUUUAUGGAUAUAUAAUUCACAGGCUAAAGAGUCUUCCUCUGUUCAUGGGGAAACAUUUUAAUAUUUCCUUCUUAGUACAAGACAGUGUUGUACAGUCAUACACAUAACAUUAGAUUUAUUUUGAAGAUGGUACUGAAAUACUUUUAAGAAUAUUUUUAGACCAUGCUUUUUGAUAUAUACAUUAUUAUUGGUGUUAUUCCCACUAACUUGCAGGCCUCAGUUCAAUGAUUAGUGAAGCUGAACCUGGAUCUGAAAUGGUAAUUUUAUGUAUAGGAUAUAUAUGUACAUAUGACCUUGAGAGGCAAAGAUAAGAAGCAUGGAAGGUGAGACAGAAGAGGGGUGCAAGGGAGAAAGGUGCUUGUAUGAUGAAAGUAUAUUGAUCUUGGAAGUCAGGAAGGGAUUUGCAUGCAAAUGAGAUUUAGACAAGAAGAAUUCAAGUAGUUAAAGUUAAUUUCUGGAGAGGUCCUUGUGUUGUGUGAAAAUGGAUAAUGAAAAAAAAUGUGCAUAAAACAUAUCGUAUGUCAAGGAAGGGUGAAAGAACAAAAUGUGAGGUGAUUGAGGUGGGGAGAAUACUGAGCAUAGCAUCUUAAUAAAGUGGUUUGGCCAAAUCAGAAGAUUUGCAGAAAGUGAGAUUUCAAAUUAUAUAUGAAUAUGGAAGUGUUAUAGUAAACAACUUGUAGUCAGAUGGGAAGACUAAAUGCUGAAAUAUGUCAGAAAAAAAAUAUAGAAAGAGAAUAUGAUUAGAACAUACAAGGAGGGAAUGGCAGGAAAGGAAUGGUUGGAAACUUCCCUUUUGGAGCUCACAGGAACAGGCAUCAGAUAGAUAUACAUAGAUAGAUCUGCAAUGAUGUUAAUUAAGACUUCAUACCAGGAAAGAAAUUAUAACUACUUGUUAUAAGUAUUUCACAGUCAUGCAUCAGGAGUAGAGGAGUGGACAGGACUAUACACCUCUCAUGACAGAUGUUUUUACUGCUAUAGCUUAGUAUACACACCUGUGAAAAUCUUUGGAUAUUUUUCCCUGUGAAUAUGAACACUAAAAUUGCUCACUACAUUCCCUACAUGUAGUAUUUGUAAAAUAGAUUUAUAAAAUUUUUAUAUUUUGCAGUUGGAAAGUGUCAUGUGAAUGAUCCAAUAUCAGAAAUAUUUUCUAUCAUGCAAACAUGUACAUUAGGAGACAGCAAUAACUGACAUGAAUGUGUGAAUGUAAACAACUAUAUAUUAUAACAUUUGUUGAAAUAUAGAAUUUCCAUUAU